CAAUUUCCCAAACUUAAAAACAGACAAAAUGCCGAGUAACCCAGGUAGCAUGGUGUCGGUCGUUUGCAGCUUAUUGCAGCGGCAAACUCAGCCAUUGAGUCCACAACCGUACGAUAUUUGAUUUAGUUGACUUCAGAGAGACUAAUAAAAGGAGUGUCUUUCUACACUACUUGAACCAGCCAUUGGCACAACCAGUUGCUUUUGACCAAAGCCAUCAAGAGAGUCACAGCUUCCUUUCUUUCUUUGCAUUGACCAACAGUUCCUUUCUAUAAUUAGUUUACCAUGUCGCCACCCCAACAGACCAUCACGGUGACCACCAAGGAAGGCACACAGGUGGAGUAUGUGAUGCGUGGAUUACAAGACGAGGAAGUGGACCGUUGGGCUGCCUUUUGUGCCUCGGUCUUUUCCUACAAGGCCAAUCCACCUCCGCCCUCGUAUUUUGCCCGUCACUACCACAACGAUCCACAGCGUUCAGCGGCAUUGAUUCGAGUCAUGAUAUGCGACGAGAACAUCGUGGCAUCGUGUCGCGUCUUUCAACGAACCAUUUCUCUGGGCAGCGACAGUAGUACGGCGUUAGCCGGAGGCAUUGGAGAAGUCUGCACGGAUCCAGCGCAUCGACGAAGGGGUUUGUCCAAGCUGCUCUUGCAAGAUGCCAUUCAAAUCAUGACGGAAUACAAAAUGGAAUUGUCACUGCUCCAUGCAGCUCCCGACUUUUUUCCUGUCUACGAAUCCAGUGGAUAUUCCUGUACCACUUCCCCAUGGUCGUUGGUCACGGUGGAUCCUGUCAAACUAGUAUCAACCACAGCCACAACAACCACAACACAAUCUACUACUAGUACCAGCAGCCAUACCACCAUUCGUCUGGCACAAUUUCCAUCCGACACUCCGCAACUUAUCAAGCUCCAUCGAGCCUUUUCCGAAUCUCGAUUGGCGGGUACCAUUAUUCGCAGCGAACAAUACUGGAACGAGUAUCUCAGCCAAGAAUUAGGCAACAGUCUGUGGGUCAUGACGACCAACAACAACCAACAAGUAGUGGCAUGGCUCUCUAUUCGACCGCGAGGGGACAAUCGCUACCAAGUACGAGAAUUUGGUUGGGACCGUGACAGUGACAACAAGCAGAGUGCUUCUGAUUGCUUUGGUGCUUUAUUGGGUCAAGCAAUGCAACAACAACAACAACCAGAUGGCUGUCCUCCAAAGGAACCGAUUGCACUGCAUUUGCCAACCUUUGUUCUAAAUGAUCUAGGCGAGAUGGACUUUGUGGAUGUAUCGUCCAUCAAAGAAGAGAACGAUUUGGGAUGGAUGUAUCGACCCAUUUGUCCUCUUUCCGAAGCGGCCAAAGAAGGCAUGCCGGAAAUCUGCAAAAAGAUUCCGCAUCUGGUCUGGCCCUCUGAUUCGUUUUGAGAAUGUAAUUAUCGACAGUACAAGCUUGCUGAUAGUAGUAUUUGACAUCGCUACAAGUGAAAAGGUCUCUGUAGAACUGGAAAGUACGAUGUAGUCUACAGUUGCUAUAUAAUAUAGCUGGUCUUUUUACCCGUGUCGAGUGGUUCGAUGCC